CCGGUGCAGCAGCGGCAGCGGCGCACACCACACGGCCAGGACGACCACGACGUCGACGCCGCCCCGGCCGGCCACUUGUCGCGGGGAUCCCUCACCCCCCACUAUCACCCGACGCUCCGGUGUACUUGCCCCCACCCCACAUGCGGCGAAUCCGUCUAGCGGCGAGAUAAGCGGGCGAAAACGACGAAAAUAUUGCCGAAAAUAGAGAAGCCACCCCCCUGUGCCGCAGAAGGGGGUGAAAACUGCCACCCGCCGACAGGGAUGUGACGACCGCCGGAACACCCCCACGUAGAAAAAUCCCGCGGGCAGCAGCCUUUUGUUUCCGCAUUUUUCUUUUCCGUUCGCUUCGUUCCGCCGCACAGUAGUUCGUUUACAAUUCCUCCCUAUUCUCAUCCAUGUUGUCCUCCAGCUUAAAUCGCUAGCCUCUUGAUUCUUUUCCUUUGUCUCCCCUCACUUUCUUCCCGGUAUACCGUUUGCAACAGCGAGCUUUAUUUUUUUUUUAAAGAAAGUAAAAAACAUGGGGGGAAGACGUCCGGCGCCGAACAGGCGCUAUGGAAGCCACGCAUCACGAUGGCUGACCCUCCACGGGCCGUGGUGGUUGAUCGCGAUGGUUGCCGCUGCGCUGGUUGGCCACGUGGCGGGAGCUGAGGUGUCCGUCUCCACCGCGGCCGAGAAUGGCGCGGAGGCGGCGACGCCGACGGCGGUGCAGCACCGACUGGGCGACGAGUGCGGCGAGGACCUUCCGGCGGGCGCGGAGUGCGUGGGUGUGCCGGGCGCCUUCUGCAGGCCGGAGGACGGCCGCUGCGCCUGCCGCGAGGGCCGCGUCGCCGCCGCCGACGACCGCGACCGCUGCGAGCUGCGUAAAUAG